CAUCAGACAUUGGUGUAGGGAACUCAUUCAGUGUCUUCAGCUGUCAAAGGUUUCACUCUGAAGAAUGGGAGAUGUCUACAUUAACGACACAUCACUGGACAUGAGCCAUGAUUACAACAUCACCUUCAACGACCUUGAGUUUAAAAAAAUAGAAUUCAUCAAAUAUGUUGUGACAUGCAUAAUCAUCUGUAUUGGACUUCCUUUGACCCUGGUGGCCAUCUAUGCUCUUUAUUCUCUGGUGCGAAAGGAUCAUGUUGCUCCGAUCUACGUCAUCAACCUUCUCAUUUCUGACCUCAUUCAGUUCUGCUGCAUGAUCGGUUGGGUGGCAAAAUCUGAGGACUCGAACACAUAUAACAUAGGCAGAUUUAUUUACUUCUCUAGUCUGAUGGCCAGUGUUGGCUUCAUGGUGUGCAUCGCCCUGGAAAGGUAUUUGGUCAUCGCCUGCCCACUGUGGUACCGCUUCAGACGAACCAUCAAGAGCUCCGUGGUGGUCUGUGUCCUGGUCUGGGUUUUUACUCAUUUAUUUUUCUUCACUUCUUUUUUGUGGCAUGUUCCAGCUUUUUAUAUCACUUGGUUCAUAUUUUCUCUUCUCCCCCUCCCACUGCUCAUAUUCUUUCUGGUUGGGACCCUUAAAGCCCUGUCUGCUUCCAUCUCAGUUCCAGCUGACGAAAAACGACGAAUUGUGGCAAUGUUGGUCCUGGUGCUGCUUAUUUACACGCUGCUGUUCCUGCCCAGAAUCAUCAGGCAUCUCAAGACGAACUUAAAUGACAUGACCCUCGGAAUCCUGUCUGAUGUGUUUAUUAAGUUGAGUCCUCUUGCAGACUUAGUUCUGUAUAUUUUCAUGAGGAAAGGGGCCAUAGACAAGCUUUUGGCCUCUGUGUGUUGUUGCAGAAUGGACAGCAAUGAUGUCAGCAGUUCAACAGUAUGAAUGAUGACAACAUGUCCACAGUCAGCUUCAUGUAGGCAGAGAAAGAGAGAGAGAGAGAGAGAGAGAGAGAGAGAGAGAGAGAGAGAAAGGGGGAGAAACAGAAGGAGACAUGUAGGUAAAUAGAAAGGAUAGAGACAACACAGAUUCUGUCUUCUACUGAUAUCGUUUCCAAUAAGACACCUAACUGUUGAUGUAAGCCAUCUUUUGUAGGAGUUGGGUCUGCACCAAUCACUCUUCUCUUUGCAACUUUGGAUCUAUCAUCCUCUCCGACACACCUGUGUCAUGUUAUAGAUGUGCAAAGUAUUUUUCCGUUCAUAACAACUUUAAUCGUCAUCAAG